UUGGUGUCCCAGAAGGUUUGCCAAGAAAAGGAAAAUGCUCUGGCUUUGGACCAGGGGCCGAGUCCUUGGGGGCCGAGCUAUCGCUGCUGUACGUUGCAGCAGCACUAGUGCUCCAGAGAAAGUGGAACUUUUUGUUGAUGAUAAACCAGUGUAUGUGGAACCAGGAACUACAGUAUUACAGGCAUGUGCAGAAGCAGGAGUGGAGAUACCCAGGUUCUGUUAUCAUGAUCGACUGUCCAUAGCGGGCAACUGUAGGAUGUGUCUAGUGGAAGUGGAGAAAUCUCCAAAGCCCAUUGCAUCCUGUGCUAUGCCAGUGAUGAAAGGAAUGAGGGUAAAAACUGAUUCUCCAGUCACACGAAAGGCCAGGGAAGGAGUGAUGGAAUUCCUAUUGAUGAAUCAUCCACUGGACUGUCCCAUCUGUGAUCAGGGUGGGGAAUGUGACCUUCAGGAUCAGUCCAUGAACUUUGGCAGUGACAGAAGUAGAUUCACGGACAUCAAUUUUACUGGUAAAAGAGCUGUUGAAGACAAGAACGUUGGUCCUCUGAUUAAGACCAUAAUGACACGUUGUAUACACUGUACUAGAUGUAUCAGGUUUGCCAGUGAAGUAGCUGGAGUAGACGACCUUGGUACCACAGGUAGGGGAGGAGACAUGCAAGUCGGUACCUAUGUAGAAAAAAUGUUCCAGUCCGAGUUAUCAGGGAAUGUUAUUGAUCUGUGUCCUGUGGGAGCUUUAACAUCUAAACCCUAUGCUUUUACAGCGAGGCCGUGGGAAACCAGGAAAGUGGAGAGUGUGGACGUUAUGGAUGCUCUUGGCAGUAAUAUUGUCAUCAGCACACGCACCAACGAGGUCAUGCGUAUUCUCCCUCGCAUGAAUGAGGACAUCAAUGAAGAAUGGAUUUCAGACAAGACAAGAUUUGCUUAUGAUGGUCUAAAGCGACAGAGGUUGACAAGUCCCUUUGUUAAGGAUGGAACUGGAAACUUAGUGGCUGCAAGUUGGGAGAAUGCCUUCAUGGCUACAGCAGAAAGGUUGUCACGUGUCAAGGGAGAGGAUAUCUCUGGUAUUGCUGGGGGACUCAUGGAUGCAGAAGCUCUUGUGGCUUUCAAAGAUUUCCUGAACAGGAUGGGCAGUGAUGGGCUGUGUACCGAGGAGAUCUUCCCAAUGGAUGGGGCAGGAACUGACCUAAGAUCAAAUUACCUACUGAACACGAAGAUAGCUGGAGUUGAGGAGGCAGACCUCAUCCUGCUGGUCGGUACUAACCCUAGAUUUGAGGCUCCUUUAUUGAAUGCUAGGAUGAGGAAAAGCUGGAUUCACAACGAUUUAAGAGUUGCGCUGGUUGGAUCUAAGGUUGACCUUACAUAUGAAUAUGAUCAUCUUGGUGAUUCUACAAAAGUACUACAAGAUAUUGCUAAUGGAAGUCACCCUUUCUGUGAGACACUCAACAAAGCUCAGCGUCCAAUGGUAAUAGUCGGAAGUACAGCACUACAACGCCCAGACAAUGGGGCCAUACAUGCUGCUGUAUCACAGCUCAGUCAGUCUCUACGAGUCAAGUCCGACUGUGGGGACUCCUGGAAGGUUCUAAACAUACUGCAUAGGGUUGCUGGACAGGUGGCAGCACUUGACCUCGGUUUCAAGGCUGGUGUUGAACACAUUCGCCAGAAUCCUCCAAAAGUGCUCUAUCUACUGGGAGCUGAUGAGGGAGCUAUUACACGAGAGGAUAUACCAAAAGACUGUUUCGUUAUAUACCAAGGUCACCAUGGUGAUAUCGGUGCCUCCAUGGCUGAUGUGGUGUUCCCAGGGGCAGCUUACACGGAGAAAGAUGGCACAUAUGUUAACACAGAGGGUCGAUCCCAGCAGACUCGCAUGGCUGUUUCUCCUCCAGGCCUGGCAAGAAAUGACUGGAAGAUCAUUCGAGCACUUUCAGAGAUUGUGGGCUCUCCAUUACCAUACGACAAACUGGAGGAGGUACAAGGUCGUUUAUUUGAAAUAUCACCCAAUCUCAUCAAAUAUGGUGAUGCUGAGGAAGCCAACUACUUCAAGCAGGCCCAGGAGCUUGCUCAGCUGGCAAAAGGACAGCUGGACAGUGCCCCUCUCACCGCAGAUAUAAGUAUUCUCAGUGAUUUCUACAUGACGAACUCUAUCAGUCGCGCCUCACCAACCAUGGCAAAGUGUGUGUCUGCCUCAAUAGAGGCUGCAGCCAGCAAAUACUGAUCUGUGUUUCCAAGUGUAAAUAAACUUUAACAUAUUUUUUAGCUGUUUGACAGGAAAUAAUCUCCUGUAUACGCCAUUACAUUGUGUUAAUGGAUGAUCCAUGCAGUAUGCUCCCCAACAAGGACAGAUUUUUAAGGUACGAGGGGAAAACCAACGCCAUACAAGUACCUCAGCUGUCUAGAUACAUUACACAAAACACAUUGGGUAGGUCUCCCAGCUUGGCCACCUAUCACAAAGGAUAAAAUAAAUACUAUGUGAAAUGAGGAAGCAUUUUGUUAUCAUAAGAUUUGUGUGUGUGAAGAAUUUAUCACGGCACCAACGUUGAUGUAACGUUUGAAUUGAAAUAAAAUGUGUAUGGUUAA